AUGCCUUCAUCUCCGCGCAGUGUCGGAUCCACACUGCGUUCAGAGGAAUUUCCCCAGAAACAAGUACUAGAGCCAGCAUCAUCUAGGAGUCCAAGUACUGUAGACCGCAUCAAAACCGCUGUAGUUGGGAAUACAGCUGUAGUUACGAGUUCCUCCACGAGUUCGUCAUCCUCUUCUUCUUCAUCAACGUUGCCCGAAACCUCCGAAAAGAUGGCAGAAGAACAAGCGUUGUUUGAGCACGUCUCGAACUUCUUGGCUCAUCCCUCUACUACCACUAAAAUGCAGUCCUUUGGAGUGUCAGAAGAUAUUCUGAAAAAAGAGGAAUAUGGAGGUACCUGCACUUUCUUUUAGGGUUUAUAGGGUUAUAGUUUUAUUUUCAGCUACGUUCGUUAACGCUAUGAUUAGCAACGUUAUGAUUAGCUGUUUCUUUGUAACAACAAGUGGGUAGAGACAAACAGAGAAAGCAGUAAGAACUCAGUUCUCCUGUGUGAUCAUGAAUAGACAUAACCAAUACAUCAACUCAGUUAAACUCCAUAAACUCCCUAACUCACAGGUUCAAGAACAAGCGAUACUGUGAACGCUGCGGUGUUUCCGUUUGCCGACAUGGCGUCAACGUCGAGCAGCUCAGAUUCCGACGCGGAUUCGAGUGACAGUGGUACUACUGACUUCUUUAUUAGUAUGAACAUGAUGGUUAGCUAAAAAAUCCAGAUGAGUUUUUGUAGUCGCUUCUUUCCCUUUGUAGAAGUAGAAGUUUUGUUCUCUUUACCAUAGAUAGUACUCAAUGAAUUUGACUUCUCAACAAUUUUCACAAUUUCCAACUCCCCCCUCGCCCGACAACAGAUGACUCCGACACACCUCGAAGAGCAGAAGAUGCGCAGACGGCGUAUGUUCGGAAGGUCUUACACGGGAUAAGAGACUCCAACGAUAACGAAGCCAUAGGUUUGUCCGUUGUGGCAAAGCUGUUUGCGAAGUACCAUGGCGACAGUGGUAAUCUGGCGAAGAUCUGCGCGAAGUAUCCAGAUGCAGUAGGAUUGUACUUGCAGUACUUGUUUGGCCAAAGGCUUGGUGCAGGAGGUGGUGAGGCGUCAAGUAGUAGCUCGUCACCCUCCUUAGGUGCUGGUGGGGCUGUAGUAAGCAGAAACGAAAAAACUUCCGCAACAGCGAAGCCCACAGAAAGAGGAACAGAAUCCUCAGCAGCAACUGCAGGUGAAGAAGAAAGGAACAACCUCCCGAACAAAAGCGCCAACAAAGCCUCCCCCACCUCAGCCUCAUCAGCAGCGUCAGAGGAAGCGUCUUCGGCAUCCUCCAAGGUGGCCGUUGAGGAUUUCUUUGAUGUCCCAAGGCUAGGAGAGGCAGAGAAAGCAGUUGCUGAAAGAAUAAGAGCCGGUCUACAACAAGCCAAAAUAAACGGUGCUGAUGCGUCAACAACUGAGGCGUCAACAACAUCUGCCUCAGGGUCAACUUCUACUUCUACUAUGUCUUGUUCAGGAGGGGCGUCUAGAGUGGUACUAAACCACAGCACAGGUAAGCAGGGAAACUACAUCAAUAACAAUUCUUUCCACGACCCAAGCUCCCGAAGGCGAUCAAUACCUGCAAGUGCAAACCAUGAGGGCGACGACAACAAUGGUCCAGAACCAAUGCAGGUAGACGAUGCAGCUGCAGCAACUACUUCUAGUAAAAGAAUAAAGAUUAGCUCAGGAACGGUAGAGGCACCAGUACCUCCAGCAAGAGAUGACUACGACAAUGCUUCAUUAUUGCGUCGGUUACAGAGGGAGCAAGUUUAGCGCGUUCAACCGCGGCUACGUCGUUUACAGAGGGAGCAAGGCUAAUGAGGCGCUACUUGUAGGUGAAGUGUGAUUUCGAUUUCCAUCGUUGCAGUUCUUGCACCAGUCGUGUAAACGCGCCAGAGCAAAAAACAGUCAUUUAUAUUUGUAUUUUAUCUAGAAGGACGGCUAAGCUCCCCUCGACCCUUUUCAGUAGUGCUGGCUAAGUCUAUGACAUUACAACGUACCACACUUCUUUCACUUGAAGAUAUCCACAUUGAUUUGAAAUUUGUUUUGACUUAUGUUUGAACAUUUCUUUGGCCUGGGAACAGCUUGUUUGAAUUUGUUUGUCUAUUGGAGAAGAAGAUGACGAAAAAACGCGCAAAGACCAUUCGACUUCUAAAUGUUUGUUCUAGCACGUACCCACAAAGAAACCUUUUGAUUCUUGGAUAUGACCUCUCUUCACAGAGGGGAUGUGUAAGUCUCACCCACACAACCCAACAGGAGCUUUCUUAGCCUACGGCAGCUG